AAAUUUCACCAAGUGUUAUCCGUCUUAGAAAAAGGAAAUCUUUUAAAUUAUCUAAUAUUCUUAAUAUGGAUGAGACUCCUGUCUGGUUUGACAUGGUUGGAAACUUUACUAUUGAUCAAAAAGAUGAAAAAACAAUUUAUAUUUCUAUUAUUCCGAGUGGUUUGACUAGCAUUUGUCAACCACUUGAUAUUGCAAUUAAUAAACUGUUUAAAGACAAUCUUCGCAAAGAGUGGUAUCUUUGGAUGGCAAAAGGUGGUGCUAGAAAAACUGCAGCUGGAAACCUUUGA